GAUUUUGAAUGUGAUGAUGCACACGAGGAUAUUGAUCCUCGUCAAAUACAAUGCACGCCAACGCCGCGUGAAACAGUCAGUGGCGUAACAGGCGAGAUAGCAAUGGAGUUAAUGGCGUGUUUGAAACCGAGAAGUGGACACGCUGCCGCUACUGCGAGAGUACCUGUGCGGUUUAUAUCUGUACCGUGUUCACUGGCUACAUACAUGUAUCUUGGCCAUGAAACAGUAAACGGGAUUAAAGCAAGU